GCACGCACUCACACUUGCGACCACCAUUAGAACCUAUAAAUCCGGACCAAAUCCUCUUCAAAGCUAACUAAUGGCUUAUUCCAGAGAAGCAAAGAUCUUGGUGGUCGGAUCCGGUGUUUUUGGACUCUCUAGUGCCUUGAAUUUGGUACAAAAUGGCUACAAAAAUAUAGAGAUCUUUGACAGAAUUAAUCACGAUAAGACCAAGUACAACCCAUUGAAUGGAUCUGACUGCGCCAGUGGAGAUAUCAACAAACUCUUCAGAAUCUACUAUGAAAACAAAACCCUUUACUCCAAGUUGGCGAUUCUGGCUUUGGACGUGUGGGAACAGUGGAAUAAAGAUAUCCAGAAACUUUCUGAAGAGGAUAAAAGCCGUUUCAUCGAUGACGAUUUGGAGUUGGUGAGAAUGUCAGGAGCCAUGAGACUUAACAGCACAUCAGCAUUGAGUGCAGUUGAACUCACCAAUCUCGAAGGGUUCAAUGAGCUUGGGUUACGGGACCUCCAAUAUAACAUUAACUCGAAAAAAGAUACUCAAAGGGCCAAGUUGGUUGGGUUGUCUGCCAAGUUGGAUGUUAUUGAUGACUGGAAACAGAGGAAAAAAGUCACCACCAUCUCCGGAACCUUGGACGGAGUGGGAAGAAUGCUCAAAGCCGACAAAGCCUGCUUCUACGUCAAAAUCCUCUUGGAGCAGCAGGGUGUCAAGUUUCAUUAUGACGAUGCUGGUACGUUUAUAAGCCCCAUCACCGAUGGCUGCGAAAUUAAAGGAAUCAAAACCAAAGACGGAAAGUCCCACUUUGCAGACCUUGUGAUUGUUAGUGCUGGGCCAUGGUCAACAUCUCUAGUGCCGGCGUUGGAGCAUCAUGCCAGAGCGUCGUUGGCCAACAUUGUUUAUCUCGAAAUUCCUAAAUCUAGACAAGACUUGAUCAACAAGUACUCAGAGUAUCCCCAUAUCCAGUGGAAAACCACCUCAAGUGAGUUUGACAGAAACAAGAACCAUUCAGAUGGAGAAGGUGGGUUUGCUUUCUUUCCUCCCACAAAAAAGGAAGGGAUCUUGAAGGUAAACACUAGACAACUCAAAUACUGGAACCCAGUCAAGGUUGAUGGAAAAUACGUUUCUGUUCCCAAGACCUUGGGAGACGAGAAAUUACCCAAGAGUGUUAUCCAGGAAGCCAAAGACAUAUUGAUGGCCAUAGCUCCAGACGUUGUUUCUCUCACGGGAAUCAAAGUGACCUCUAAACUUCUCUGGUAUACCGAUGCUAUCAACAGUGAUUUUGUGAUCGACUUUGUGCCUGGGUACAAAAACUUGAUUGUUGCAACUGGAGGGUCCUCCCAUGGAUUCAAGUUCUUGCCAGUGUUGGGAAGGACGGUGGUGGAUAGAAUUAACGGGGUUUCCAAUGAUUAUACCGAAUUAUUCAGGUGGAAAAGCACUGACGACAUUGUUCAAGAUAAUUAUGGAUUGAAGCAGGAUGUGGAGAAACAGGACUACCGGAAGUUUGAUAAUGCAGAGUUCUUGGAGCAGCAGGAUCUUAUAUAUACAGAGGAGGAUUUGAAGCGGUUGGAGUCUGUGGUGUUAUAG